AUGGGUUUUUCCAAGAAGACUGAAGGCAUGAUCGUUGAGUCCGAAGCCAAGAAACGAAUUCUGUUAGCCGGAAUCACGUUACGUGCUUCGUUGAAACCCAUAUUUACCAAGCAGCAGACUGAGGAAGAUGACGAAAAUUCGAGAAACACAACACCAACAUACGAGGAAUCAAGAACCUCCAGUAUAUUUCGGUGUCCGCCUGCUCCAAGGAAGCGAAAGGCUAAACCUAUAUGUUAUUAUGGCGGUGUCAGAGAGUAUUUUGCUACUCCACCGGACUUAGAAUCAGUAUUUAUUCGUCGUGCUGAAAAGGCCUGA